AUGGAGUUUCUAAUUGCCGCCUUGGUUCUGACCAAGGUCUGCCAAGCCGCCCCGCAGCAGAGCGCCGCGUCCUUCGCAGGCAAAGCUACCUCUAAUGUAUUUCCUCCUGCCAGCACCAAUGUCAACACGGUGCUCUUCCCCCCUGAAUCAGUAGUUGGCUUUCCGGGACCAACACAAACCGGUAUCGAGCCCGCUGCCGCUCAGACCGCGCCAUUGUACCCUUACAAUACCGGGCCGGCCGCUUCGUUCCCUCUCGUACAGCCGCAGCCCUACGGCGCGAACGGGUCCAGCUCCAAUAUCUCGAAGUACUGGGGUAAUUUGACCCCAUGGUACUCGGUCCCUUCGGCAGAUUUUGGUCUGCCUGACGCAAGCCCGCUCAUACCGCAAGGGUGCACUAUUAAUCAGGUCCACCUAUUGUACCGACAUGGUGCUCGUUACCCAACAUCUGGAGCUGCUCCGGCGACUUUCGCGGGCAAAGUCGUCAAUGCAACGAAAAAUGGCGGCUUCUCAGUGUCUGGCGAUCUUUCCUUUCUUGCGAAUUGGACAUACGGCCUUGGUGCAGAGCUUUUGACGCCCUUCGGUCGUUCGCAGAAUUUCGAACUCGGAGUGUCAUAUCGUCAGCUCUACGGCGAACUAUUGAACAACUUUACAGCGCAGGAUGCGCUUCCUGUGUUCCGUACUGAAUCCCAAGACCGCAUGGUAAAGACGGCACUCAACUUUGCUGCGGGCUUCUUCGGUGUUCCCGAGUAUCAAAAGCAGGUGAACAUUGAAAUUCUUGUCGAGAGCCCCGGGGUCAACAACUCCGGCGCACCGUAUGAGAUCUGCAACAACUCCAACAUCGCAACCCGCGGCAGUAUUGGAAGUGCCGUUGCCAGCAAGUUUGCCGUCAACGCUUUCAAUUCUACUCUGAGUCGGCUGAACUCGCUGGUCUCCGGCAAUCUAACCUUCACUCCCACCGACGCGAUUGCCAUGCUACAACUCUGCGCAUAUGAGACGGACGCUUUGGGCUAUUCGGCUUUCUGUGGCCUUUUCACUCAACAAGACUUCGCCAACCUCGAAUACUACUUUGAUCUCUCCUUCUACUACAAUAACGGUCCUGGUUCGCCAGUCUCGGCAGCACAGGGCAAGGGUUUCUUGCAAGAAUACGUUGCGAGACUGACCCAUUCAUUCCCAAGCGCGACAUCUGCCCUUAAUGAGACGUACGACAACUCUACGACGUAUUUUCCGCUAAACCAGUCAAUAUAUGCCGAUGCCACACACGAGGUUGUCGUUCUUGACACGCUCACCGCCUUCAACCUCUCAGCAUUAUGGAACGGUCCGCCUCUUAGCCCGAACGGAAACACACACCAGAACAAUUUUGUCGCAAGCAAACUUGUCCCUUUCGCCACUCAUUUCACCAGUCAGAUCCUUGAAUGUCCAGCCAUGCAGCCUUCCAAGCAGGUGCGAUUUAUUGUCAACGAUGGAGUCGUCCCGCUCUACGGAUCGUACCCGGGUUGCCCUCAGAACGCGAAUGGCCUAUGCGAUAUGGAUACUGUUAUUAACGUCUUGCAGCAGCGCAUCGCUGAGAUCGAUUUUAACUAUUCGUGCUACGGCAACUACACUGCGUCUGCUGGGAUGAACUACAACGGUCUCCCGCCUAUCCAAUAG